GAGCCGAGAUAUGCGCCCGUAUUAUUGAAACCAGCUUUUGACUAUUUAGACGCACCAGUGGUUCGCGUGGCCGGCGCUGACGUACCGAUGCCUUACACUAAAUCGUUAGAAGUGUUAGCACUGCCACAGGUCGUGGAUGUCGUACUGGCCGUCAAGAAAGUGCUGAAUAUUCAAUAAUAGUAAUCAUUAGGACAUCACUAGUCAUACGAUAGCGAAAUAUUAGGCCAUUAUUUAAUAAAUUUAAUUAAAUUCUCUGUCUUUGACUCCAUUUCUCUUUCAAC